AUGAGAGCUGUGCUGGAGCCGUUGUUCGUCCGUCAAUUGGGUCCGCCGUCUGGAGUCGUCGACGAGAUUUUCAGGAGGUUUGGUGUUGUUCUCUCUGAUCGGAUGGCCAGAGAAGAAACGAACUACAUCAAUCUGAGUCGUUGCUCCCCGCAUCCCUCGCCGACUCCUCACCCAGGGGUAUCAGAGCCGGCUUCUCCGCGCCGCCGACGAGCGAUCCGACCGCCGUCGAGUGUGUUGGAAUACUUGGACACAAAAACGACGUCGCCCUUGUUCAAAAUUGCCUCUCGGUGA